CGAAUACGUAUCAGUAUAUCACAAUUCAGACGCUCUUCUUUCAUCCACCACGCCAAUUGUCGUCUCCUUAUCUUCUUCCCGCCGUACAAUAACACCGACACACCCAGUUCACCAGUGAAAUUCAGACAUUGAUCACAAAAGAUCACAAAUAACUUGGGAGAUUUGGAGGUCGUCUCUAUGGCGGAAGCUGAUCUCUCAGAUACCGCAAUGGAGAUCAAUUUUCCGGAAGACAUCUGGAUUGAAAUCCUCGUCCGGGUUCCAGCCGAGUACCUGGUGAAAUUCACCAAAGUUUCCAAAUCCUGGUAUUCCCUCAUCACAAGUUCUAGGUUUAUCUCAAAUCAUCUUGCUAGGAUCAAGAUUCGAAGACCCAAAUCUAUUCUCACUCGGUAUUACUCUGUAACUGAAAAACAAGAGCAUUACACAUUGCACCCGGAUAAUGAUGAUUUUGUCCUUCAAAGUUCGGAAAUUGAGCUUCCCCGCAGAUCCCGUUCCGAUUAUUACACUAUUGUAGGCAGCUGCAAUGGGUUGAUUUGCUUGUGUGAUGCAGAGCAUGGAACGACAAACCCCAUUUUUGUUUGGAACCCUAGUAUCAGAAGGUGGAUAGAGUUACCAAUACCCAAUAUUGAACCCUAUUCACGAGAUAUCACCCUUGGCUUUGGUUGUGAUUUGCAGCAGCUUGAUUAUAAAGUGGUCAGAAAUGUACUUCUGAGUGGAAAUGAUGGUGUUUGGGCUUCUGAGGUGUAUUCGCUCAGCUCAAAACGUUGGAGGAAAGUGGCUAUUGUUCCUAUCCGCCGUCAUCUUGUUAUCUCUCCCUCAGCACCGGUGCUCAUAAAUGGGAUUGUGCAUUGGAAGGAUUGUGAUGAGGAAAGCUCACUUCACCAUUAUUUGGGGUUUGAUUUGAAGGAUGAGACUUUUAGUGAGGUCUUUUUCCCAGACGAUUUAGCAACCGCACAUCCUGGAUUGUUAAGGGAACUUUCAUACAAUGAUUGUCUAGCUGUGUUGAUGACUGAUGAAUUCAGAGGUUUUUGCAACCUUUGGGUGAUGAAGGAAUAUGGAAAUGUGAAGUCUUGGGAAAAUUUGUUAAAAUUUAAGUUGGUAGAAGGGAUUGAGAGAGUGAUCGGAUUUAGAAAUAAUGGUCAUUGCUUGGCACCUAUGACUGUGGAUGAACUAUUUCUCAAUGAUCCCUCAAGUAAAGUGCUGGUUUCAUUUGAUAUGCACAAUAGCGGAGCAGUUAAGGAUCUCGACAUUUUUGGCACUCACUAUUCAAUCUAUGCUGAGCAUUUUCUGGAAAGCCUAGUCCUGUUUGAAGGUCAAUGUAGAUUUUAGAGGAAAUCGUAGUGUCUUUACAGUCCUGGUAAUGCUUUUCUUUUUUUUCUCGUUGUUUGGUUGCUAUGUCUUAGGCAUGUAUUGUCUUCUAUUUCCUAGUUGUGUGCCAAUGUAUGAGUUGCGGUUUUCAAGAUGUGAUCUUUAAUCAGUCAAUAUAUGUUUUAGUUCAACCUAAUCUUCACUCUUGCUCUAGUAGAAUUACGGAUUGGUAUCAAUUUUGGAAAUGCUUGUUCAUUCAAGUGUAAUGGCAGAGAUAGAUUAUGUAAAUUUGCGACCAUAUGAGAACAUGACAAAGAGUGCAUUUAGUAAGGAC